CUCCGGUGUCUGAUGUCUCCGUUAGUUCCAGCCCCGCUCCUCCUCCAGGAUCCCCGCACAUGCUCAGAGCUCCACGCCGCGCUGCGCGUCUCCUGAGCGGCCUGUGCUCUCCUGCGCUCCCGCCAGCACAGAUCAUCUCAUGGAGCUCGAGUCUCGUUUGCGUUUGUCUCCACCAUGCACUUUAGGAUUUUAAUAAGAUGUACGUGUGUUUUGAGAUAAUCCUUUUGCUUCUCUCCUGCAACUUCUGCGCGCUCGUCUACACACAGGAUCCGUCCUGCUGCCAUCAUGCUGCAGAGCUCUUUCCUCAGUGUAGAGAAGCCUGUGACCAGCUCGCGACCAUCAGAAGUGAAUCGCAUCUGAAGCACCUUCUCCUGCGUUUGCCCAGUUACUGCCCCGAGUCUCUGAGUGAUCUUUGGGUCUGCAUCAACAACACAUUGCCGGGGGCAUCGAAGAAGUCUGACGGAUGGGUGGGUUUGGGCUGCUGUGAGCUGGCCAUCUCCUCCGAGUGCCGCAGGGACUGCAAACAGGCAUCGUCUAGAAAUGACAUCACUAAAGUAUGCAAGAAAGACACCGAGAAACCACUCUACAGCUGCAUCACCAGGAAUGAAAUGGGCUCAGUGUGCUGCAGUUAUGCAGGGAGACACACAAACUGCCGUGAAUACUGUCAGGCCAUCUUCCGCACAGACUCGUCUCCGACCGUCUCCCAGAUCACCGCGGUCAAAGAGUACUGCCAGAGCAUCAGUCCUCAGCUCAUCGGCUGUGUGGCCAACUACACCAAAUCCUUCCCCAUCCGGAGCCCCCUCGACAGUCUGUACUGCUGUGAGCGGGCGGAGGAGGCUCACUGUCAGACGGCCUGUAAGCGUAUCCUGCGCACCAUGAGCACGGAGCAGGAGAUCAUGGAGGGUCUGAUCAGUGAGUGUGGCAGUCAGCCGCUCCCUCAGGACCCGCUGUGGCAGUGCUUCUUGGGCAGCGCACACCCGCCCACCAUCAGUGACCCCGAGUCACCCCCCAUCGCCAAGAUGGACUACGCCAAACUGCACUGCUGCUUCAAGGCCAACACCUCCCUGUGCAGGAACAUGUGCUUGGAGAUCAGCACUAACUGGGGCACUCAGACGUGGCAGGAGUUCGACCAGCACUGUGAAUACAACCCGGCUGAGAUGGACCUCAUCACCUGCUUGGCUGACGUCAGGGAGCCGUGUCAGUUAGGCUGCAAAGAGCUCAGCUACUGCACCAACUUCAACAACAGGCCGACAGAGCUGUUCCGCAGCUGUAAUGUUCAGUCAGACCAGGGCGCCUUGAACGACUUCAGACUCUGGUCCAACGGAAGCAUCAAGAUGCCCUUCAUGAACAUCCCAGUGCUGGACAUCAGACGGUGUCAGCCGGACAUGUGGAAGGCCGUGGCCUGUGCGCUGCAGAUCAAACCCUGCUACAGCAAGACCAGAGGAAGCGUCAUCUGCAGGUCGGACUGUGUGGAUAUCCUGACCCAGUGUGGCGAUGGCAAGCGUUUCCUGGAGGGACAGACGCCCGAGCGCAUCUGUGACCUGCUGUCAGCCACGGACGAGCCGGAGCGCUGCAUCCCUCUGCACAGAUACCUGACCCCCAGCCCCUUCCAGAACAUCAUAGAAGAAGUCAUCCACCCCUGCAACCCCAGCCCCUGUCCCAGCAACCAUCUCUGUGAAGUCAACAGGAAGGGCUGCCCCCCCGGACACGACUGCCUGCCCUUCUUCUGUGUCCCCGGCUGUAAGCUGGGGGAGGCGUCUGAGUUCCUGGUGCCAGUGGACAGCCGGAUCCAGGUGCCCACCAGGAGCGGUCAGGUGGGCUGUUACGAGGUGUGCACCUGCGGUCAGAGCGGCCGACUGGAGAACUGCGCUGAAAUGCCCUGCUUCGACACCAGCAUGACCUGCAUCAUAGCAGGACAGCACAAGAGUCACGGCGUGUCGUUCCGGGUGUACUGUCAGCACUGCUCCUGCUUCGCCGGUGAAAGCAUCUGCUCGUCUCGUCCGUGUGUGCACUCCGACGGCUCCGACCAGGACAGACGGCUCUUCACAGGGCUCCCCUGCGGCUGUGCCGAUCAUUUCGUGCCGGUGUGUGCUCGUAACGGACGCACGUAUCCCAGCGCCUGUGUGGCCCGCUGCGUCGGCUUCAGGGACAACCAGUUUGUGUUCGGCUCCUGCAGGAGCAUCGACCCCUGCUCCCCGAACCCCUGCCAGAGGAGCCAGAGGUGUGUCCCCAGGCGUCAGGUGUGUUUGACAGAGCUGUCAGAAUACCCCUGUCCUCAGUACGAGUGUGUUUCCCGUCCGGCCGGCUGUGAUCAGAACCAGCUGGAUCCGGUGUGUGACACAGACAGCACUGAACACGCCAAUCUGUGUCUGCUGUUCCAGCGGAGCAAGAGCCUGGCCUACAUGGGACACUGUCAGGACGCCUGCAGGAGGCCUAGAGAGGUGUGUGGUCAUAACGGGGAGACCUACAGGACGGUGUGUGAAGCGUUCUCGGACCGCGUGGCGGUGGACUAUCAGGGUCGCUGUCAUGCGGUCGGUGUGGGGUCAGAGUUCACGUCAGACUGGGGCUGCAGCGCUGUUUCCUGUCCUCCGCUCUCCAGCCGCGUCUGUAACCCCGUCACGCCGCCCGGUGCGUGCUGUCCGGUGUGUGCAGGUCUGCUGCAGAUCCUCUGGAACGAAGCGCAGAUGAACACCUUCGCCAAGCUGAACCGGAAUCAGCCGGUGACGGUCCAUGACAUCCUGAAGAUCUUGCGGCUGCACAUCUCUGUCCCUCAGUGUGAUAUCUUCGGCUAUCUGAGCAUGGACUCUGAGCUGGUGGUCCUCGUCGUGCCUGUGGAUCAGCAGCCCACGCCGCUGCAGAUCGAAGCCUGCAGUAAAGAGGCAGAGAAGAUCGACUCUCUCAUUAACUCGGCCAGCCCAACGCUGAGCUCACACGUGCCUCUGGCGGCCUUCCUUCACUCCGAGCUCCAGCUGUCCACCAUCAGCUCGACCGCACGGCCCUCGCUCUCCCUCUCCCUCUGUGUCUUCAGCUCCUCGCUCCUGCUGUCUGUCGCAGCGACCCUGCUCUGCUCCUAGCCGCCCGCUUGACCUCUGACCUCCGGGGUCACCGCUGCUGACUGUCUCUCAGUGUUAAGGACUUCCUGAAGGAAUCGGAGCUGGGGUCUCACCCAGAGACAGAUAUAUUAUAUUUUAUUGUUCCUGUAAUGUCAAUCAGUUUUAUAAAAAACACAAAAGAGGAGCCCAGCCAUGUAAACAAAUAUGACAAUCACACUGCUUAUCCUUAAAGUGGUAAACACAAUAUGCCUUGCUUAUAAAUUUAUAAAUAUAUAUAUAUAUAUAUGUGUAUAGAUUUUUUUUAUGAUGUAUUGCAAAACCAAACGUUUAUGUUGAUAAAAGGAGCAAAAUGUUCUAUUUUGAGAUGAUCAGGUGCCAUUUGAAGAUGAUUGACAGCUCUGUACUAAGUGUGUGUGUGUGUGUGUGUGUGGUGUGCGUGCAUGUGUGCGUGCGUGUGUGUGUGCGUGUGUGAUUGUCUGUUAGUGAGUGAGUGUGUGUGUGUGUGUGUGUGUGUGUGGGUGUGUGUGUGUGUGUGUGCGUGAGUGUGCGUGAGUGUGCGUGAGUGACUGUGUGAGUGACUGUGUGAGUGUAUGUGUGAGUGUGUGUGUGUGUGUGUGUGUAUGUGUGUGUGUGUGUGUGUGUGUGUGUGUGAGUGUGUGUGAGUAACUGUGUGAGUGUAUGUGUGAGUGUAUGUGUGAGUGUGUGUGUGUGUGUGUGUGUGUAUGUGUGUGUGUGUGUGUGUGUGUGUGAGUGUGUGUGAGUAACUGUGUGAGUGUAUGUGUGAGUGUAUGUGUGUGUGUGUGUGUGUUUACGGGCCGCCCGUCCCAGACAGUAUUAUUUGGCUUUGGCAGCUGUGUAGCAUGAUGGGACGGCCUUUCUGUGUCUAACUCUUCCAUGUAUAUUUUUAUAUGAUAAUAAUAAAUGUGAUCAUGUUACUGAAGGAUUUCAUCAGAAUGUUCUAGUCGAUAUCGAGGCUGAGACUAUAAUCAGAAAGUCACGUACACUCUCAGUCAAAGGUUUUGGGUCAAAGAUAUUUUUGAAAGAAAAUAAUACUUUUAUUCAUCAAGCAUGAUUUAAAUUGAUCAAAAGUGACAGUAAAGACAUGUAUAAUGUUCCAAAGAAUUAUAUUUCAAAUAAAAUCUGUUCUUCUGAA